GGCAACGGUCAAACUUGUGACCAUGACCAUGUCUGAAGACAAGCGGCCCAUACGUUCGAUGAUUUCCCCAGUCAAAGCAAAGCUUCAAAAGAACUUUGAAGCGUCAGAUAAAGACACGGCGGUAAUCAGAGCGAUGAAGCAGGCUUUCACAAAUGACUUGGAGAAACGCUACGCAGGCCUCGAUGAUCUCUUUUACACUGCAGCAGCUCUGGACCCCCGCUUUCAGGCUCUGCCCUUCCUGAGGGGCAAUGAUGCUGAGAGGACAUUCACAAGCAUCUCAGCAGAAGCUACGUCCUUGAAUGAAAAGGCAACAGGCCAUCCAGCUGAGAAGGGUCCAGUGCAGACGGAUUCAUGUCAGACUCACCCUGCCCAUGAAGACCAAGACAUCACCACUGAUAGACCCCAGACCCAUGAGAUACCAACAGCUAAUAACCUUCCUUGCAAAAAGAAGAAAACAUCAGCUCUGGACCAGCCGUUCGGAGACGACUUUGAAGCGAGGAGCACGGCAGCUAGAUCUCUGAUUGACCAGGCCAGGGAUGAAGUGAGGAGGUACAGAGAUUGUGAGACUUUGCCCCUGAAAAGCAACCCACUACAAUGGCGGAAAGAGCAGCAGGACCUGCCAUUGCUGCCAUCUCUCGCUAAACAAUAUCUCUGUAUGCCGGCCACCAGUGUGGCAUCUGAAAGGGUUUUUUAGCACACUGCGGGAGAUAUUGUUUCCGAGAAACGUAGUCUACUCAAACAUGAGCGUGUGGAUCAGUCGAUCUUCCUCAAGAAAAAUCGGCCCUGCAAAAAAAGAUGGGAACAGUGAUGAUGAAUUCAUAAAAUAUGCAAAGCAUAAGCACAGAACAGCACAAGCAUCAAUUCUGUAAAGGACAAUAGCAGGUUUUUUUUUGGUAGGGUUGCUGCUUACAAUUGUCAGUGUGUAAUUUGUUUACGUUGAAAUGUUGCAUUUUGUCAACUGUUGUGUUCAGAGCACUCGGCUAUCUCUAAUCAGGCUGAAGUGUUGCCCGUUCUUUUGUGUUCACAACACUAGGCUAUACUCAGGCCUGAAAUGCUGCACUUUUAUUACCUACCUAAUUUACCAUUUGUUCAAAACAGUAGACUAUACUCAAGCAGGUUUGUGUUGUUGACCCCAAAUCGACUGUCUUCUCCCACUGGACUUGGAAGAUUAAUUUCAAGUCGUUACAUAUUGAAGACGGGUAUGAUCUGUUUGACUGUACAUCCAUCCAUCCACCCAUUUCUGAUCUCAUCCAACAAAAAGUAUGUUGCUGUAUGAUGUAUUUAAUCCAUGUCUCAUAAUAAAUACAUUGACAUGAGAUUUUGUUUAUUUUUUACAGUGCCAUAAAGCAACAAUGCUCGGGGAUAAGUCGUCUUUUACGUUUGAAAAUACUGUUAAAAUGUCAUUUUAUAGAAUUGGGUUCUUUACGAUGAACAUCUACAUCAACAAUAACAACAGUAGCUUUUUUCCAUAUCGAAUCGCUCCCAAAUUGAAUCGAAUCGUAUUGAAUCGUUUCACCUUUAAAGAAAUCGUUUUUUGUAUCCAAUCGCAACCCUUCUAACUAGAUAUGUAUCGAAUCGGCCUCAUGCCACAGAUUCCCAACCCGAGUUUUGGGAAAUGAAAUUGACACUGUUAUACGAAGUCCAUGUUAGAGAGUCUCUCUACGGAGGUCGAAAAAAUAUGGGACCUUUAAAAACUGUCCGCGACUCAUCCGCAACCCACUUUUGCGUCCCGAGCCCCCAGUUGAGAAUCACUCAACGUUGUUGUACACACGGGACUUGACUAACUGGAUUGUUUCUCGGUAUUGACGCUUUUGUUUUUUUCUUUUUUUUUC